AUGAUGUUGUGCCAUCAGCUCCUCCUUGUCUUUGGGCUGUCACUAGCUAGUGGUGUGUGUGCAUCUAGAAGGUGCUACUCAGAAGCCCAAGUCUCCAUAUCUUUUUUCUGCAGCCUCAGAGAUGUUCCACCUGUGCCAAAAGAUACAGUGAAACUUUUCCUGACUUACAACUAUCUCAGAAAAGUGACUUUGUUUCCACUGCUGGGGCACUUGUGGCUGUUGGAAAUCGGAACCCAGUUAGUCCAUCCUGCUACCAUAGGAAAAGGAGCAUUCAGGAACCUUCCAAACCUUUGUAUCUUAGACUUGGGAGACAAUAAGAUUCUUCAACUGCAUCUUGAUGCUUUUGGGGGUGUGCCAAGCCUGACUGUCCUCUGUCUGUUUCACAAUUCCCUUGGAGAUUCCAUCCUGGAAGAAUGUUUCUUUCAAGAUUUAAGGUCAUUGGAAGAAUUGGAUCUUUCAAUGAAUUAAAUCACCAAACUUCAUCCCCGCCCCUUAUUUUAUAAUCUAACAGCCUUGAAAAGUGUGAACCUGAAAUUCAACAAGAUACCCAACUUUUGUCAAAUCAAUCUUACCAGCUUCCAAGGAAAACACUUUUUAUUUUUUAACCUUGGUUCUAAUCAUUUGUACAAGACAGAAGAUGUGGCCUGGGCCAAGUUCCCCAAUCCUUUCAAAAAUAUUACAUUUAGCUCACUAGACCUUAGUGACAAUGGCUGGAGAACAGAGAGAGUCCAAUAUCUCUGUGCAGCCAUUGAAGAGACUCAAAUAAGUUCUUUAAUAUUUAGCAGUCCUAAAAUUGGUUCAGGAUUUGGCUUUGAUAACUUAAAAAAUCCAGAUGAUUCUACUUUUGCAGGACUAGGAAGAAGUAAUCUAAGGUUCUUUCAUAUUUCACAGGGUUACAUUUUCUCUCUCAAUUCUUUAGUCUUUCAAAGUCUUGGCAAUCUGGAAUCACUGAACCUUUUUGAAAACAUUAUCGUUUUUGAAAAGGUUCAGUGAUAAGCAUUUUUUGGCUUGGGCAACCUAAAAAUUCUCAAUCUCUCAAGAAACCUUUUGGGUAAGUUGUACAAUUAUACUUUUGAGGGUCUAUGUAAUGUAAUGUAUAUUGAUUUACAGCAAAAUCAUAUUGGGAUGAUUGGUGACAAAUCAUUCAGGCAUUUAGUAAAUCUGAAAAUAAUUGAUCUCCGAGACAAUGCCAUUAAAAGUCUCCCUUCUGUUCCACAUCUGAGCUUUGCCUUUUUAGGUGACAAUAAGCUAAUGUCUGCAGGUGACAGAGCAAUAACUGCAACACACCUCGAAUUAGAAAGAAAUUGGUUGGCAAACCUAGGUGACCUGUAUGUUCUUUUCCAAAUUCCAUAUCUGCAGUAUAUCUUUUAAAAACAGAACUGGUUCUCUUACUGUGUGAAGAGUGCUAAUGCUAUAGAAAACAAUCAGUUACUAUAUAUGGAUCUAGGUGAAAAUAUGUUACAGCUGGUGUGGGAGGGAGAUUUAUGUUUGGAUGUGUUUGGGGCACUGCCCAAACUUCAAGUUCUACAUCUGAAUAACAACUACCUCAGUGCUCUUCCACAGGAGAUUUUUAGAGGUCUAACAUCUCUUAGAAGACUUAACCUGGCUUCCAACCUGUUGUCUCAUCUUUCUCCUGGGUUUUUCCCACAAAACCUAACAAACCUAAACUCAUCUGGAAACCAGCUGUUUUCCCCUGACCCUGAAGUCUUUAUGACUUUGAGUAUUCUGGAUAUAACACAUAAUAAUUAUGUCUGUGAUUGCGCUUUAAGGAGCCUGCUAGUGUGGCUGAAUGAAACCAAUGUAACCAUGGCUGGCUCCCAGUCUGAGAGGUACUGUGUGUACCCCCCUGCCUUUGAAGGGAUACCCCUGUCUUAUAUGACAUACAAUGGUUAUGAUGAAGAUGAACUCCAGCAGACACUCAGAUUCUCACUCUUCAUCUUCUUCUUGGUCAUUGUGUUUCUGGUGGCAGUCAUAAUUUUUACUCGCUGCUGGGGGAUUUGUUUCAUGUGGUAUAAAACCACCACAAAAGACUUGAUAGACAACCAACAACGAGCAGCAGAUAAAAGUGAAUACAAAUAUGAUGCAUAUCUCUGCUACAGCAAAAAUGACUUUGAAUGGGUCCAGAAAUCUUUGCUAAAGCCCCUGGAUUCACAGUAUUUUGAUAGAAACAGAUUUACCUUGUGUUUUGAGGAAAGAGAUUUCUUGCCUGGCGAAGAACUUAUCAACAAUAUUCGUGAUGCCAUUUGGAACAGCAGAAAAACAAUUUGCAUUGUGACCAGGCAGUUUCUCAAAGAUGGGUGGUGUGUGGAAGCCUUUCAUUUCACCCAGAGCAGGUACUUCUGUGAUCUGAAGGAUGUCCUCAUUAUGGUAGUGGUUGGGUCACUUUCUCAGUAUCAACUGAAGAACAAACCGAUUCAAAACUUCCUACAAAGGAGUCAAUAUUUAUGGUGGCCUGAAGAUUAUCAAGAUGUAGACUGGUUUUUAGAUAAACUUUCUUGCCAAAUUCUGAAAGGAAAAAAAGUGCAAAGGAAAACUAGUGGUAUAAAGCUGCAGCCUAUAGCAACUCUCUCACAUUGA